AUGGAGACCAUGAGCCAGGACGGCUACACCUUGGCCCACAUCAGCCACCUCCACGACCUUCACCUCGCCGACAUCCCCGCCGGCGCCCCGCCGCCGCGUUGCCACGCCUGCGGCCUCGACUGCGCCAGGUCGGCCUACCGGCGCGCGCCGUGCGGGUACGCCCUGCACCCGGCGCACCCCGAGCACCCGCUCGCCCUCCGCCUCGCGCCGGCGUACGGCUCCGGCUUCUUCCAGUGCAGCGCCUGCCGCACGGGGGGGCACGAGUUCGUGCUCCACUGCCACCACUGCCACUUCGACCUGCACCUCCCGUGCGCCGCGCUGCCGGCGGACGCGGUCGCCGCGCGCGCGCACCGGCACCCGCUCAGCCUCGCCUACGACAACCCGCACAGGGGCGGCGGGAAGGGCGUGGUCGUCAUCUGCACCGUGUGCGAGCAGGGGAUCAUCCCGGAGCAGUGGUUCUACCGGUGCUCGGCGUGCGCCGACUUCGAAGGCCACGUCGGCUGCGUCGUGCCGGACGCGCUGGCCAAGGGUGUGUACGCGAGGUCGACAUGCCCAAGCAACACCGCGUCCAUGCUGAACGCCACCAUGCAGGGCCUCAACCUGAGUGCGCGUAUGGCGGACGACAACUUGGCGAUCAACUUCAACAGCUCCGGGACAGCGGACCAGAUCCGGAAGAGGGAAGAAUACUACAAGAAGGAGGGGUAG